CGGGAUCCGCAGCGGGAUCCGCAGCGGGAUCCGCCAUGGAGUCGGGCGCACGGCGCGGCCGCCCCGCCGAGGAGCCACCGCGGCCCGAGGACGAGGAGGUGGAUCCCCGCAUCCAGGGGGAGCUAGAAAAGCUGAAUCAAUCCACAGAUGAUAUCAAUCGCAGAGAGACGGAGCUGGAGGAUGCACGCCAGAAGUUCCGCUCUGUGCUGGUUGAGGCAACAGUAAAACUGGAUGAACUGGUGAAGAAGAUUGGAAAAGCUGUAGAAGACUCUAAACCUUACUGGGAAGCUCGGAGGGUGGCCAGGCAGGCACAGCUUGAGGCUCAGAGGGCGACUCAGGACUUUCAGAGGGCCACGGAGGUGCUGCGUGCUGCCAAGGAGACCAUUUCAUUGGCGGAGCAGAGGCUGCUGGAAGAUGACAAGCGUCAGUUUGACUCUGCCUGGCAGGAGAUGCUCAACCACGCUACUCAGAGGGUCAUGGAGGCAGAACAGACCAAAACGAGAAGUGAGUUGGUUCACAAAGAGACUGCAGCCAAAUACAAUGCUGCCAUGGGAAGGAUGAAACAGCUGGAGAAGAAGCUGAAAAGAGCCAUCAAUAAAUCAAAACCUUAUUUUGAGCUCAAGGCGAAGUACUAUGUCCAACUAGAGCAACUGAAGAAAACAGUGGAUGACCUGCAGGCCAAACUGGCCCUGGCAAAGGGAGAGUAUAAGACUGCCUUGAAAAAUCUGGAGAUGAUCUCAGAUGAGAUUCAUGAGAGGAGAAGGUCCACUGCCAUGGGGCCCCGAGGAUGUGGCGUGGGUGCCGAGGGGAGCAACACAUCUGUGGAGGACCUGUCAGCGAGUAAAGCAGAGUCAGACACCGUCUCCAUGGCUUCAGAAGUGUUUGAGGAUGAUAAUGGCAGCAGCUUUGUGUCCGAAGAAGAUUCAGAAACUCAGUCAGUGUCCAGCUUCAGCUCUGGUCCUACGAGUCCCUGUGAGGUGCCCACUCAGUUUCCUCCUGCGACACGACCUGGAAGCCUGGAUCUGCCCAGCCCUGUCUCCCUCUCUGAGUUUGGGAUGAUCUUCCCUGUCCUGGGGCCCCGGAGUGAAUGCAGUGGGGCCUCCUCCCCUGAGUGUGAAGCUGAAAGAGUUCCAACUGGAAAUCCAAACUUCCCACACUUGGGUGCAAGAAUUAAUUUUGUGCACUGCCUUGUGUAUGUCCUGAUUGGGUUGAGCUCCCAGCUGGGUAAAACCAUUGAUCUGGAACUGUGUGAGGGUCUGGAACUCACUCUGCCCUUCCUUUUCUACCACCCUGCUGCAAGAGUUGCUGAAAGGUCAUGGUGCAGCCCUGGACUUGGCAGCUUGCGCCCAUGCUGUUGCCUCUGUUGCUUUAUGGCAAUAAUCAUCAGAAACUUCCCUGCAAAAGAAGGUGAAGCAUGGCUUCUGCAGCCAAAUAAUCUGCAGAAUUGAGGCGUGGCUUCUCCUGUGGCACCCACGUGCAGGUUUCAGGUUCUACCUUUGUGCCUUGACCAAUUAUUCCAGGUCAGGGACAUCAACUGAGGAUACAAAAGCUACUUUCACCCCAAGAAACAAAAUCAGAAACACCCUCUGUAAGCAACUAAUUUCAUUGGCAAAUAAAUAACACUCCGGUGUUCCUGGUUGGAAAAGACUUUUAAAGAUUUAUAAAGAUUAGUAGUGAAGGUAGAACACCAGCACACUCAUCUAGGAAUCAGCCACAGAAGAGAAGUAAUGGCUGCUCUAUGCGUACUUCAAGGGUAAGGAAGAAACAAAUCUCUCCCCCUGAAUAUACUGAGGAGAAAGACAUGAGUAAAGCUUCAAGAUAGCAGAGUUCCUUAAAUCUCCUUUCAUCCUGGGAAGACGAAGGUACUUCUGGGUCACCCUAAGGGACAGACUUUACCAUCAUGUCAACAAAAGAAUAUUCUAGUCAAGAUUAAAAGAAACUUCAGCAGUAUCUUGCACCUAAUGAAAUACCCAAUAAAUGCAGUUGUCAAUAUGAGAUAUUUUCAGACUAACUUCAGUAAUAUUUGCAUGCACUGACACAACAGAAGGAGGAACACAGCAGAGGAAAAGGAACAUGCUGCAAUAGUAAAUGUAUUGUAAUAGACUGAAAAUGUUCUGCCCCAACUGCUCAAGUGGAAGAACUAGAGCAGCUCUACUAACUCUUGAUCUGGUUACACUGUACCACCAAGGGUUUUAGCCUAGGUAAAGCCUGUUAACACAAUUCAGAGAAAAGGAUUUACUCAAGCAUGUAGCAACAGUAAUAUAACACCCUCAACAACCCACAAAUAUUUUUACUUUAUAACAUUGAAAAGAGGAGAAAAAGAAAAACAGACUUGGUGGAGUUACAGUAUGAUGGUGAGCUCUUCUUGUAAUGAGUUAGUUAAGGCAACUGGACUUAAGGGAGAAAAGCAGUACCUGUAAUUAUGUUCUUCAUUGUUUAUGUAAUGGCCAAUUCAUCCUUAUUAAUUUCAGAAUUCACUCAUAAAAGUUUUAGAGUUGAACACUUGAGUAAUCAAGUAGUAUUUUUAAUAGUUUUGGCAUCAGUAGACUGUUAUGUCUUCAGAAAAGGUUACAUACAAAUUUCCCUUAAUUGAUUUCCUUUAAUGUAGUCAGAAAUUAAUACAGCUGACACAUUAGCAUGCCAUCUUCAUUUUUAACAUGACUUUAAUUUCUGUUUUUGCAGUAUUUCCUCCAGGGCAAAAAUCAACAUGAAAAAUAUUCCAGAAUAUUUCUAGAUUUUAGUAUAAUCCAGUCCAGAAAAAAACCACAUACAUGACAAGUCCCCAUAAAUUUACAGUGUUGUAUAGCAACAUAAGAAAGACUGGAAGAAACACUAAAAAAAAUAAACACAGUGAAGCAAAAAAAAAUUUAAAAGGUCGUUUUAACGAAUACAGGUACUCCAUUUUCAAGUCAGCCUUUAAUGGUCAGUCAUUUGUGAAAGUGGAAGAAUUUCUUACCAUCAC